CCGUGGGACUUGGCACUCACUGUCCGGGGCUCGGCGCUGCUGCGCGCUCCAGCCAGAAUACUGGGAUUUUCAAUGGCAGGAGAAGGAGUCAUCAGAAGACCGAGAUGAAUUUUAACACUAUUCUAGAAGAGAUUCUUAUUAAAAGGUCACAGCAGAAAAAGAAGACUUCACCUUUAAAUUACAAAGAGAGACUCUUUGUGUUGACAAAGUCUAUGCUAAGCUAUUAUGAGGGCCGUGCAGAGAAAAAACAUAGAAAGGGAUUUAUUGAUGUUUCAAAAAUCAAGUGCGUGGAAAUAGUGAAGAAUGAUGAUGGUGCCAUUCCCUGUCAAAACAAAUAUCCAUUUCAGGUUGUCUAUGAUGCUAACACACUUUACAUUUUUGCACCUAGUCCACAAAGCAGAGACCGAUGGGUGAAGAAGUUAAAAGAAGAAAUAAAGAACAACAAUAAUAUUAUGAUAAAAUAUCACCCUAAAUUCUGGGCUGAGGGAAGCUAUCAGUGUUGCAGACAAACUGAAAAGCUAGCUCCUGGAUGUGAGAAAUACAACCUUUUUGAGAGCAGUAUAAAGAAAGUACUACCUCCAGCACCAGAAACAAAGAAGCGAAGGCCUCCACCACCCAUUCCUCCUGAAGAAGAAGAUAAUGGUGAAGAAAUAGUUGUUGCUAUGUAUGAUUUCCAAGCGACGGAAACACACGACCUCAGAUUAGAGAGAGGCCAAGAAUAUAUCAUAUUAGAAAAGAAUGAUGUUCAUUGGUGGAGAGCAAGAGAUAAAUAUGGGAGUGAAGGAUAUAUUCCAAGUAAUUAUGUAACAGGAAAGAAAUCCAACAACUUAGAUCAAUAUGAGUGGUAUUGCAGAAACAUGAACAGAAGCAAAGCAGAGCAGCUCCUCAGAAGUGAAGACAAAGAAGGUGGUUUCAUGGUCAGAGAUUCCAGUCAACCAGGCAUGUACACAGUCUCCCUUUAUACAAAGUUUAGAGGAGAAGGCUCAUCAGGUUUUCGGCAUUAUCAUAUAAAGGAAACAACAACAUCCCCCAAAAAAUAUUACCUGGCAGAGAAACAUGCGUUUGGCUCGAUUGCUGAGAUUAUUGAAUACCACAAGCACAAUGCAGCGGGACUUGUGACAAGACUGCGGUACCCUGUUAGUGCCAAAGGGAGGAAUGCACCUACCACCGCAGGAUUCAGCUAUGAAAAGUGGGAGAUUAACCCUUCUGAACUGACCUUCAUGCGGGAAUUGGGCAGCGGCCUGUUCGGAGUGGUGAGACUUGGCAAAUGGCGAGCUCAGUACAAAGUGGCAAUUAAAGCCAUCCGAGAAGGUGCCAUGUGCGAGGAAGACUUUAUAGAGGAAGCUAAAGUCAUGAUGAAACUCACUCAUCCGAAGUUAGUGCAGCUCUAUGGUGUGUGCACUCAGCAAAAGCCAAUCUACAUUGUUACGGAGUUCAUGGAGAGGGGCUGCCUUCUGAACUUUCUUCGACAGAGACAAGGUCAUUUUAGCAGAGACGUGCUGCUGAGCAUGUGCCAAGAUGUGUGUGAAGGGAUGGAGUACUUGGAGAGGAACAGCUUCAUCCACAGAGACCUGGCUGCCAGAAAUUGUCUUGUUAAUGAGGCAGGAGUUGUGAAAGUGUCUGAUUUUGGAAUGGCCAGAUAUGUUCUGGAUGAUCAGUACACAAGCUCUUCUGGUGCCAAGUUCCCUGUGAAGUGGUGUCCACCCGAGGUGUUUAAUUAUAGUCGCUUCAGCAGCAAAUCUGAUGUCUGGUCAUUUGGUGUUUUGAUGUGGGAAAUAUUCACUGAAGGACGAAUGCCUUUUGAGAAAAACACCAACUAUGAGGUGGUAACCAUGGUUACUCGUGGUCACCGACUCCAACAACCGAAGUUGGCCUCCCAAUAUAUAUAUGAAGUGAUGCUCAGAUGUUGGCAGGAGAAGCCAGAGGGAAGACCUUGCUUUGAAGAACUGCUGCGUACCAUCGAUGAGCUAGUUGAAUGUGAAGAGACAUUUGGAAGAUGA